GAACCAUUCCCCAGUGAACAGAGGGUCUCUCCAUUCCUCUGUGGUACCGUCGGCCCAACCCGCGCGAAACCGAACGCCCGGCCCAGCGUACAUUACAGCGAACGCAAUUCGGCAUUGUGCUCGUUCGUGUGUGUGUGUGUGCGUGUGUGUGAGAGAGAGUGAGUGAGAGUUCGUAAUAGUGUACUAGGACUACUGGCUACCGGAGUGAACAGGGUGGCGAUCGUGUGCGUGUGUGUUGCUGAGGACCGGUCAGGGUGCAACGCAAGGACAUACUCUCUAGGCGCUGCCUGUCGCUCCGUGCCGAUCCAGUCCAUCAAACUCAAUCAAAUUCGUACCCAGUAGAGAUUCUAGUCCCCGUCCGACGGACGGAGAAGCGCGGCACGGGAAACAGGUACACCUGUGGCCUGGUCAGCUAUCAAAACUUUCCAACGCUCCUAAACGUCGCAGCAGGAGCAGGUGUCCCAGAAAACAGUUCCAGUUGCAGUUCCGCUUCGGAAUGCGUUUCCAACGAACGCGGUUAGUGGUCGCCGUUGCCGCGUUGCUGGUGGCGACGUGCGGUGUCGACGGGCAAACGCGCCGCCUCCGGGUCCGGCCGCGGGUCCUGCCGGCGGCGGCUCCGGCUAGCACCGAGUACGGUGACAGCGCGGAAGAGUCGGCCGACGAUAACCGGCCGCAGGCGCAGGGUGCCUACCCGCAGUACUACCGGGCGCAGGACCGCAGCGGAGCAGGCGAACCGAGCGGCAAUGGCGGCGGCGGCCGACGCGGCGACGACCAGCGGUUGGUGCUGGUGGCGGCGUCCGACGAGGAGGACUACGAUGCGGGCGGCGGCGGCCGGUAUGGGCAGCCGGUGCUGAGGGCGCGCGCCGACCAAUCGUACCAACGGCCGGCGGCCAAGGGCACCCUGUCGACGGCGGCGCCGCCACCGGCCGCCCGGCAGAAGACGGAGCACAGCAACGAGGGCCGGGCACCGCCGGUGCAGACGAUCCGGAACUACAGCAAGGUCAACGAUGACGGUUCGUUCACGUUCGGCUACGAGGCGGCCGACGGCUCGUUCAAGGAGGAAACGCGCGGCACGGACUGCGUGGUGCGCGGCAAGUACGGCUACAUCGAUCCGGACGGCAACAAGCGCGAGUUCACGUACGUCUCCGGCAACCCGUGCGACCCCAACAACCCGGACGGCAGCGAAGAGGACGAGGCGGACCGGGCGGAACAGUCGGACGAUGCGGGCGGUGAGAACGUGCCGCAAAACUAUCCCGCCCGCCGCCCGGUGCCACUACCGGCCGCCCGGCCCACCCAGCCGCCGGCGGCCGCUCGGCCAACGGUCGCCACGACCGUCUUCCAGAACGACUACCAGAGCGAGCGGACGCGGCUCAGCGGCGGCUCGGGCGAGGAGGAGGUGCAGAUCGGGCAGCGGGGUGGGCGGCCAGUCGCCCGGCCGUUUGCCGGCGGUGCCGUGACACAGACCGUGACGCAGCGGCCGCGCGUUCAGCUCGCCCCAACCACGGCGCAUACGGUUGUCCCGGUCAACAUCACGCCCAAGCCGGUUUACCGUGCGUCCCCGCAGCCCACGUUCGCGCCCACCACCUACCGACCGGCGCCGAUCCUGGCCACCGAGUUUGGGAGCGGCUCGCCGACGACGCGCGGACCCUCCAACAUCGAUUUCGAGGCCGAGUUCAAGCGCUUCCAGCAGGACAACAAGGUGCCGUCAUCGACUACGUCACAGCCUCCGUCGCCGCCGCCAACUGUGACCUCGUCGUUCGGCAAGGGCGUCCCGUCCCAGGUGGGGGUGGCCAGCGGUAACCCGAUCUACCAGUCGCAGCUCAUCUUCGACCCGGCCUCCGGUCAGUACGACACCGCGCUCUACCAGCACCUGCCCCAGAGUGACGGUGACUUCCAGCUGAACCACCGCAUCCAGCCAUUCGUGAGUGGUCCGCCGAAGCAGCCGCCGCAGCACCAUCAUCAGCAGCAGCACCCGCAGCAGCACCCGCAGCAGCACCAUCAUCAGCAGCACCAGCUCGUUUCGCUCGAGCAGCUCCAGCAGCAGUCGCCGCUGUACCGUACGGUUGCGCCUGCUCCGCUUCGGCCGCCGCCACAGGCCGUCCAGAUACCGCAGCAGCUGUACCAGAAGCAGCAGAACGAGCUACAGUUCAUCAACAGCCAGCAGCUGUUCGCCCAGCAGCUCGAGCUCCAGCAGACCCAGCUGCGGGCCGAUCGGCUCGAGGCGGCCAAGAAGGUGAACGGGCCGCCCCCGCAGCUACAUCGCUUCCAGCCGCCGCAGGCGCUGCAGCAGCAGCCGCAGCAGCAGCAGCAGCAGCAGUACUACUUCAUCCAGCCGCAGCCGGGCUCGCCGCAGGGUGGUCAGAUAGAUGCGUUCCUGCGAGGUCACAAUAUCGAGUACUAAGACUACCCCCCCCUGACUCCUAACCAGCCCUUCCCCUCAUACCUGCCUCAGCUCUGUUUGGGCGUCGUCCACCUGUCAGUCCGAUCUGAGGUGAUCCCGGUCUCUUCUUUUCUGGUCUCUCUCUCUCUCUUUCUCUCUCCAUGGAGUCUAAUCUUUUCGGAAACUUUUCUUACCUAACCUACCUACUCACCUACUCUAUGGUCCCUUGCUGCUUUCGUCGCCCCCGCCCCCUGUAGUUGACCGUGUAGUAGAAAGCAGCCUAAAACUGCGAGAUUCGUGACUAAGUUUAAAUGUUCGUAACACUUCGACUGGCUCCGACUUUAUUCUGUACCAUAUCUUCCACCGCCCAGAACUCCCGCACGGUGGAGAUCAUUAAUGGGGGGUUUGGAGUCUCCGCACGCCACAAAACGACCCUCGUAGUCCAGGCCGAGCCGUGGCUCCUUGGGCUCCGCGUGGCUGCGUUUUUGUUUUCUUUUGUUUUCUGUUUUUAAAUCAUAUAUCGCACUACACACACACACACACAGUACUCGAUAAGUUAAGCGCAAGUUCUCGAGGUCCACCGAAAGCCCACGAGGUACUGGCAUAUAGCGUAGUGUUGAACGAAGUGUACCGUGUAGGGUUUAGUUUGGACCUGGCCGGGCUCAUAGGCAAGGGAAUUUGGUCAGGCUUCACCACCACCACACGGUUCCGGGAGAGUUCCGGAGUCGGACACAAAACAAACAAGGCCUAUACGCUGAACAUAGUUUUGAACAGUGCAGGCGUGCAGAAAACAUGAAGUUAGAAGAAGGAAGGCGGCCGAAACGAAACGAGGAAGAUACACACGAAGAAGACGAAGCUUGCAGACGAAAGUGUGAAUAUGUAGAGUAUAGUAACGUGAAGGAAAUCGUUUGAAACAAAAUAAAAACUAAGCAACUAAGCGAAAAACUACCGAAAC